CUCUCCAAAACGUGAAUGGAAAGUAACACAUGUUUGGAUUGAAUUGUUUUCUCAUUAAUGAUUUAACUUGAUUCUUAAUUGUUGUGAAUAGUAUUUUGUAAUUUUUACAAUUAUUCGUCUUCUUUUGAUGAUGUUCAACGCCCGGAAACUGGUCACCUCUUUUCGUCUCGGAUUGUCACCGUCGUGUCGAUCUUUCUAUGGACCAACUAAUGUUUGCAGUUCAAAAAUACCAAAAAAAUUAAAUGUCCACAAAUCCGACUUAAUUGUUACUAGAGGAGCAUCUCUUUCAGCAGCAAAUUACGAAUAUUCAUCUUCCCAACCAUCAUCAUCAGCCUCAUCUUCUUCAAACCUAAAUUCCAUCCAAAAUGGACGAGAUCGUACAUACCAAAUGAUAGAAGCAAAUAUCAUUUCUGAUCGUAAGAUUUCACUAAAUAAACUGACGAGAUUCAUUGAUGAGCUGAAAUCUUCCCGAUCAAUCAAAAGUUCAGAGAGUUUACUGGCAAUCAGAUGCUGUGGAAGUUACCUUUUGGAAUCCACAAAGGAAGAUAGGAAUCGAUUAAUUGACACAGUUUGGAGUUUGUUGGAAUCCAAAUCAGCUCCAUUGGACAUAAGUCACUACAAUGCUCUGCUCAAUGUUUAUAUCGACAAUGAAUAUUCAAUAGAUCCAUCUAAAUUUUUAGAGCUAAUGUCACAAAGAGGAAUCAAACCGAAUCGAGUUACCUAUCAUCGUUUACUUCAUCUCUAUUGUCAAGUUGGUAAUCUUGAAGGAGCUCAAAAGGUUCUACUUGAAAUGAAGUCUAAUGAUUUACCGGUUCAUGAAGGUGUUUUCAAUUCUUUGAUUUAUGGUAACAUGAAAUCGGGUGACAUUGAAGCCGGUGAAAGUGUCUUGGAGAUAAUGAGAAGCAAUCAAAUUGAUCCAACAGCUGAGACAUAUGCAACUUUAAUUAAAUCGUAUGCUCUUCAUUUGGAUAAGCCUGGUAUUCAAGAAAAGAUUCAAAAUAUUAUUCAAAUGGUGAAAAACUAUGAAAUCAGUUUCACUUUUGACCAGUUUAUCAAUACUAUUGAAGCAAUUGCUGAUAGUGAUGAUAAAAGCCCCCUAAUUGAUGAUUUGAUUGAACUUUUACCUAAACAAGCAGGAUAUAACUCAGCUCUAUCCAAAUUGGUCAUUAAAUCUGCUUACAAACGUAAAAUUGAUUUAGGAUUGAAACUAGUCUCUAAAAUGUCCAGAGCUGGUGAUAAUUUCAAUAGUAUGGGAGGAUUUUUCAUCUAUCACCUUGUCAAAAGUGGAACCGAUUAUGAUGAAGUGAUACGAGCUUGUGAAGCUCUCGAAACCAGUGGUGCCAACGAAUGGACCUAUUGGAGAUCAACCGAAGCUGCUCUCUAUAAUCUAGAAGAUAUUGAAUUGGUUCGCAAAUAUUUGAAAAACUUUCAAGAUCGAACUGGAUUGACUCGACCUCAUUUCAUUUGGCCAUUGAUUUGCCGAAUGAAAACCAACGAUGAUAUGCUGAAAAUCUUGAAAGAAGAGCUUUUACCUUUUCAACAAGCCUUCGGAAUCCAAGCGAUGCUGGAAACUUUUAAAUAUUAUGUUUGGCCUCGAAUCAAGACUGACCAACAUGAUUUUAUUUCAAAAUGUGUCAAGAUGGGUUUCGAUUCAAAGCUUUUACUAGCAACCUUAGCCGAUAGUGUUCAAAAUGAAGGAAAUUUUAUCAAUUUCACCGAUGUCCUUAACAAGAAAUCACUUCCUCGAAAUAUAAGUGACCAAGAUGUGGCUCGAUUCCUUCAAAAUAUUGUAGCCAUCGUCUCUAAUGGAUCUCUUGCCAAAGAAAUGUUAAAAUUUAUCUUAAAGGAAACACAAUUACCAGUAACUAACAGAAUACUUCUUCCUGUAUACACAAAAAUCAUCCAAAACAGUGAUAAAGACACAGCACUACAGGAAUGGCUUGAUUGUGUCAAGAUUUACGAUCAAAUUCCUUGUAAAUCAAUCAUGUUACAGAAGUUAAUCGAAGCUGAAGAUACUGAAAAUCUACAAAAAGUCACUGAUAUUUGUAUGAGCCGAAUUGGUGAAAAAGAAACACUGAUUAACCUAAUUCUUGCCUUCAUUCGAGCCAAGAAAGACAAACAGGCAUUGAAGAUUCUUACCAGGCCAAAUUUUCAACGCUAUGAGAUGGGAAGUCAACGAAUCAUUUCUAUACUUUCAAGACAAAAUGAGAUCGAUUCCCUCGAAAGGUUCAUUGGUAUAACCAAAGAUAUUCCUGGAGUUGAUAGAGAAAAAUUGUAUUACACUCUUUUAGAUUCAUUUAUACAGAAUGAUAAGCCACACAAAGCUCUCGAACUUUGGACACAAAUGCAAGAAGAAAAUCUUAUCCCAUCGCCUCGAAUUAUGAGUCGACUUUCCCGUUUUUUGAAGGAUAAAAAUAUGGAAGUUCCUUUCAAGUACCAAGAUGAAAUCAAAGAAGGAGAAGAAAUUGUCGCCAGUGAAGAUGCGAAAUUUGUUCGAGAUCAAUUUCAUGGUUUAAUUCGAAGUGGACAAUUUGACAAAGCAUUUUCUCUUAAAAAUCGAUUCAAAUCAAGCACUUCAUCUCCAUUGACACUGGGAGAUGAGUGUCUGUUAAUUGAUCGAUUUAUUCGUUCUAAUCAGAUUGACAAAGCCCUAAGACUAACGAAAAAUGUGAUGGCUGGAGGUCGAUUUCCAGCUCCUCGAGUAUACAAAGCACUUCUUGAGAAAAUGGCCCAAGACGGACUUUUCCGUGAAAUCGGUGAAAUGAUUGACUCCCUGCCAAUCCCAUUAAAAGAGACUUCCUGGUUCUCUGACACCGUUAUUUUGGCCUACUCGCAUUCAAAAAGUCCCGACAUUAGUUCACUACUGAAACUAUUACCUUCUCUUAAACCUUUUCCUUUCGCUAGUAUUUUGGAGCUUCUCGACGCUUUCCCUAAAUUCGAGAAUCAAAUUUUCGACACUUUAGAAGAAUUAUCAGCAGCCCGUGGAACCAACAGUCCUCGAAACAUAAUCUGGCUUCGAUUGAUGAAAACAAAUCGAUUCGAUGAGGCAAAGAAACUUUUCCAUUCUAUACCCGAUUUUAAAGAUACCCUCGUCUUCAAAACUUUACUCUUUGAUAUCAAAAGAAAUAAGAAUCUAAUGUUAGGAUAUAAUUUGAUCGACCAAUUAAACAAAACUGAUCUUAAUGCCAAAGCGAAAGGUGCCGUUUACGAUGCAAUGAUUUACGCUCUCCUGGAACGGAAUAUGGUUAAAGAAGCCCAACAAUUACUAUUAGAUGGAUUAGAAGUUAAUAAAGAUAAAGAGAAUCAAUUAACUUUAUCUGAUCUAAAUUACGAUAUUAUAGUUCGACUUUACCAUUCAGUGAGAAACAAUAUUGGCGAAAAUCCCAAAUUUGAACUGCCCGAGAAGACAACAAAUCUCCGACCAUCAACAUCAUCCAAUAGAGAAGAUAAUCAAUCAAUUGGAAAUCUCUAAAUUACAAUAUCCUCUCAAAUCCUCUUUUUUGAUAGUAAUAGUUUAUUAGCUUACAAAUCAAUUUAAAUCUAAUUAGUUAGAUUAAUUGUAAGGAUAACAACUUUUUUUGUCAUAAAAAUGUAUCAAAGUUAAUAUUAUAUUAAAGUUAAUGAUUGUCAACCUAA